AUGCCUCCAACCAAGCCAAACACCAAGAUCAAUAACAAGCCUGUUUCCGUUCUGUUCGUCUGUCUUGGAAACAUUUGCCGUAGCCCAAUGGCCGAGGCAACUUUUAAACAUAUUGUUGCAGAGCGAAAGCUGGAUGCACAUUUUUCAUGCAUUGAUUCUGCUGGUACAGGACCAUACCAUAUUGGCGAACUUCCAGAUAGGAGAUCCACUGACACAUGCCAUAAAAAUGGAGUAACUGUCAAUCACAAAGGACGUCAACUCACUCUGGCUGAUUUUGAAAAGUUUGACUGGAUUCUGUGUAUGGAUGAUGCCAACGUGUCCAACGUAAAGUCCAUGAUGCCUAGUGGCUGCAAGACUCAGGUGCAGCUGCUUGGGUUUUUUGAUCCUCACAAGACCCUGAGUAAUGAUGGCCAUAUCAUUAUAGAUCCAUAUUAUGGUGAAAUGGAUGGAUUCCAGCUAAACUUUGAACAAUGUCGUCGUGCUACAAACGGGUUUUUGAAACAUUUGGGCAUGGAGACUGCUGCUCAUUGA